AGGUUUCUCAGGUGUCCUGGCUUUUGAAUUUCGGAUUUUUUAAUUAAACACAACUGCUGAUUUUGUUAUGUACUUUUCAGCAAUAAUUUGUAAUUCUGACAACAGAAUAAAUUAUAUUAUAGGUCGUAGAGGAUGGUAGAGGGGGCAAAUUAGACAAUCGGAAGGAAAAUUGCAUAGAACUGCUGACACAAAAAUUUGUUAAGCUGUUCCUAUGCUCUGAGUUGGAGCUGAUAUCCAUUGAUGAAGCUGCAAUUUUAUUGAAUGGAGAUGCUCAAGAUCCGUCAUUGAUCCAAACUAAAGUUAAGCGGCUCUAUGAUAUUGCUAACGUAUUAGCUUCUAUGAACAUUAUCCAAAAGACUUAUCAACCCGAGACAAAAAGGUUCGUCUUCAGGUGGAUAGGUAUAAGAGGAGAGGCUGAAAUGGCAACUACCAAUGAUCUAGCUCUUAAGACUAAGAGAAGGACCAUUGAAAACGAGGCGACGGACACCAGUGCUAAAAGACACAUGGGUGAUCAGUCAAGUAAAGGAACUACUUCUCAGACAGUAGUUGCACCAUCUCAAACACCUUGUGAAGGCAGAAGUCCCAAAAAGGUUGUUGAGAAUGACUUGGAAAAGGGAUCAAUACCGGAUAUUGAAAAACACCGAUUUGGUCCAUCUGCUCCAAAAACUGUGCCUCAAGACAAACCCAAAAGCAAGAAUAAUAUUGGAACACAGAUCCAGGAUUGGGAGAGUCUCGCCUUAACUCACCGUCCUCAAUAUCAUCAGCACCAAGCUUUGAGAGAUCUAUUCAGUCAUUAUAGGGGAGCAUGGAAUAACUAUCAUUCUGAAGUUGCGGGGAAGGAUCCAGCACAACCAUAGUCUUAAUAUAUUCUUUCGUGUGCCGAUGGAAGCUCAAUAUUUGGUCAGAACAAGAACAUGGCCAUGCAAAGAGUUAUUUUUGUUUUGAGUUGAGAAGAAGUUCAAUGCAUAUGCUCUAAUCUUUAUGUGUUGACUUCGAAUGGCUUUGGGUCUGCAAUGAAUUGUUCUCUCCCCAUGUUACUUUUUGCUUUCCAUCUACCUCAAAAGUUAAUCAUUAUGCAUAUGAUUUGCUUUUUAAUAUAUCAUA